AAACGACCAUGAAUCGACGUGCACGACCAAAAUGCCAUUUUGUAUACAAACACCACUAAUUAAAUUUUGAUGUGACUAAUCAUUAUAGCUGGAAAACCACAUAUAAUAAUUUAAUUUUGACCAACAACAAAAAAGAAUAUUUAAAUGGUCCCAAAAUUGGCCACUCAAAAUACCAUAUUUUUCUGCGAGCCAAAAGAAAUGGCUUCCUCAGAAAACAAAGGGGCGGUGGUGAACGAACCUUUGCUGGAAUCCUAUAAACCGGCGCCACCGGAGGCGGCGGCGGAGGAGGUAAGCUCCGAGCUUGAGGAAAUACUGUCGGACGCCACCUUGUCGUGGUGGCGCCGCUACCGGAAAGCCAGUGUAAUAGAGCUGAGGUACCUUUUCCGGCUGGCGGGCCCGGCUGUAAUAGUAUAUUUGCUGAACAAUCUUACUUCCACGUCAACUAUCAUAUUUUGUGGGCAUUUGGGAAAUCUUGAACUAGCUGCUUCUUCACUUGGAAAUAAUGGCAUCCAGCUUUUGGCCUAUGGUCUCAUGCUCGGAAUGGGAAGUGCAGUGGAAACAUUGUGCGGGCAGGCGUACGGGGCCCACAAAUACGAAAUGCUUGGGAUAUACAUGCAAAGGUCAGUAGUCCUACUAAUGGCAACAGGGCUUCCCCUAAUGCUUGUCUACAUAUUCUGCAAGCCAAUCUUGCUCCUCCUCGGCGAAUCAAAAUCAGUUGCAUCUGCAGCUGCGCUCUUCGUCUACGGUUUAAUACCUCAAAUCUUUGCGUACGCCGCAAAUUUCGCGAUACAGAAAUUCUUGCAGGCGCAGAGUAUAGUGAACCCGAGUGCGUAUAUAUCGGCCGGUGCGCUGGUUGUGCACAUUUUCAUGACGUGGGUUGCUCUGUAUGUGUUCGAGUGGGGGCUAUUGGGGGCCGGUUUGGUGCUGAGUUUGUCGUGGUGGAUUAUUGUUAUAGCUCAGUUCGUCUACAUUUUGACUUCCGAGCGGUGUAAAAAGACGUGGAAUGGGUUCAGUUUGAUGGCUUUUUCGGGGCUUUGGGAUUUUUUUAAGCUGUCGUCUGCUUCUGCGGUAAUGCUCUGUUUGGAGACUUGGUAUUUUCAGAUUCUUGUUUUGAUUGCCGGUUUGCUGCCUGACCCUGAAGUUGCUUUGGACUCUCUUGCUAUCUGUGGGACAAUCGUUGAAUGGGUAUUCAUGAUCUCAGUGGGGUUCAAUGCUGCAGUUAGUAUAAGGGUUAGCAAUGAACUCGGAGCCAAACACCCAAGAUCGGCUGCUUUUAGUGUGGUGGUGUCUACCGGAACGUCUUUCAUCAUAGCGGUUAUUUGUGCAAUAAUCACAAUAGUCUUCCGCCAUCAAAUGAGUUAUGCCUUCACCUCCGGCAAAGUUGUUUCCGAUGCAGUUUCGGACCUUACGCCCCUUUUAACCGGCGCCAUUGUGCUUAAUGGAAUCCAACCUGUUUUGUCCGGUGUGGCUGUUGGGUGUGGAUGGCAAGCAUUUGUUGCGUAUGUGAACGUCGGUUGUUACUAUGUGGUCGGCAUUCCAGUCGGUGCAGUUCUCGGUUUCAAAUUUAACCUUGGCGCCAAGGGAAUAUGGGCAGGGAUGCUGGGAGGCACACUCAUGCAGACCUUAAUACUAAUAUGGGUUACUCUCCGAACUGAUUGGAUAAAUGAGGUGGAAAAAACAAGUAUUCGGAUAGACAAAUGGAAUGAUUUGAAAGAGAGACUUCCUAUUGAAUGAUUCAUCACCAGAGGAAAUGAUUGAUAUCAGGCUCCAGUGUCCACUAACGGAAUCAGAAUUUUAAGUCCCAGGGAGCCCGAUGCAUAAAAAAAAAAUUCUAACGGGGGCCAUUAAUACUAUUAUACACGAUUUUUUAUAUUGUUAUAAAAAAUAAUAGGGACUUGAGAAAUGUUAUGGAGCACCCUUCAAGGGCACAGUACCGGUGCGCAAUACCCUAUUAACAUAUUUGCAUGUAGAAGCGUCGGAGUUGUUUUUAUUCAUAAACUUUGAAUUAAAAAUAGGAUAAAUUGCACGUCACCCA